AUGCAAAGUGAUAGAAAUAAGGUGAAAGUUGUAUUUAAUUCUGGUCAUUAUGUUACAAUUAAAUUUGAGAGUGAUCCGACUCUUUCUGAAGCCUAUGAUCAAAUAGUGAAAGAGUUAGGGUCUAAUUUUAACGAUCCUAGAUAUAAAUUUUAUUUCAUUCAUCAAGACAAAGAAAUUGGUCGAAUUAAAUUUGGACCGAGAAAUAAAUUACCUUUUAAUAAAAAGGUGUCUGAAAUAAUAAGCCAUAAUGAGAUUAUCAUGAAAAGAGAGUUAUCAAUUAUUUUAGAUGAUGGGAGAACAACCGAAAUAUUUACGCUUGAUAGUGAACUUAAUGAUAAAUUAAGUAAAAUCCGUGAAGAAUUAAUCAAAAAUGAAAUAGUUAAAACUGAAAAUUUUAAAUUUCUAAAAGAUUCACAGAAGAGUGAAGAUCUUGAAGAGGUUCAAUUAAAAUCUGAAGAUACUAUUAUAUUAGAGGAAAUUAUUAAAAAUAGUGAUGUGAUUCGAAUUUCGCUUAACGAGAAAAUAGACCUUAUUGCAUCAGAAUCAUCUACGCAACUCUUUUUCAAUGAAGAGUUAUCAGUAUCUUGCGACGAUGAAGAGAUAACGUACAAAUCACAUGCACUCGCGUCUUCCCCAAAUGGAAUUGAAAAAAACGAAUAUUUCAAACGAAAUUUUGACUCUUGUAAAUUGAACUAUGGAUUAGUCUUUGCCAGAGAAGGUGUAAAACUUGGAAAUUGCCGAUCCUUUAAUUUCAUUCAAUCGAUUGAAUUCUCUACUUUGGAUGAUCAAAAUAAAUUUAUUGCAAAAAUUUCAGUUUAUGAAAGAAUCAAUGACUUUUUCUUUGCAAAAAAUCAAAUUGAUCUGACUUCUGAAGAUAAUUUACCGUCAGAAUGGCAUAAAUUGCUCAAUGAUGAACAAUAUUCUAUAACUCAGUGUCAUCCUUUAUUUGAUAAUAAACAAUUUCCUGACAACAAUGGGAAUAUUUACUUUGCUAUUAAGAAUCAGAAAGUUGAGUUGAAUUUGAGAAAAGAGUUGAUUAAACCAUCUAAAGAGUUUAGGAAUGCAGUGAAUAAAGCCAUUGAAGGAAAAGAUCCUUAUUCAAAAUUGAUGGAUGUUUUUGCAACUUUUGGAAAUUUCCUUGCCCAACGUAUAAUAUUAGGAAUUAAGUUAUUUAAAUAUGUUAACAAAGAUCAUGAAUAUUAUGAGCGCAUCAAAGAAGAUAGCAUAGAAUGGGAAACUUUUGAUGAUUUUAAAGAAAAAGAAAAAUUAAUAAAAUUAAAAAAUAUGCUAAUAUAUCUCGAUAAAAAUGAUGGUGAUUAUUUUUUGACACCAAAAAAUGAAAGGAUUGAGCAUGAUAAGCUUAAUGUAUGGAUUGAACAUUGUCACAAAGCUGAUGUUGAAUUACAGAUUAUCAGUUAUGGAGAUUUAGUCGCAAUUUAUGAAAUUUUUGAAGAACCGAUUCGUAGCAAGAUUAAAUCGAUUCUUGGAAUUUAUGAAUAUAAAUAUUCUUUGUCAGAAAAGGUUUAUCUUGAACAUUUACAAUUAUCUGAUGUCAAACAAAAAAUAUUAAUGUCCGGUAGCGAGCAAGUUGAUGAAUCUAUAACAUAUCAUCGAGUUAAAUUUAAAAACCAAUUGAAAAGUUAUGAUUACCAACUUUAUGGAAGUAUCACAACAAUAUUUGGACAACCGAUCAAUGAAAAAAUUAUUAAAUUUAAACUAGCAAACAUUUUUGGAUUUUCAGUGUUAAUUGAAAACAUUCCUGAUAUAGUAACUACAUAUACUGGAAAAAUCAACAUUAAUUGGAUGCUGGUCGGAAAUCCUGAAGACAUUAAAAAUUCAUUCGAGGCUGAAAAUCAAAAAAAUAUUGAAAGUUUACAUAGAAAUUUCAUUCUCGUAAAAGUUGAUUCUCAAGAAAUUGAUCCUAAUAAGGAAAAUGUUAAAUUGCGUACAUUUUUGCCGACACUUCCAAUAAAUGCAGUUUUUGCUUACACAUUUGAAUAUUCUUCAUCAAAUAAUGAACCACUACUUUUAGCUUCUAUUAAAUCCAUUGAUGAGAAAGAGUUGAAAGAUGAAACAACAUAUAAAAUGCAUUGGUGCAUUUAUCUUACUACAAUUCAAAAUAUUGCAGUUGGACAAUUUCUUUCUAAUGAAUGUAAAGAACUCAGUAAGAAAAUUAAAUUGCUACAAAGAAGGCCCUCGGGAAAAAAACCAAUUAAAAGGCGAUCUAAACCACGAUCGGUUUCGAAUGUUCAAAAAUUCAACUACGGAAUUUGUAAACAUUGUGGAGAACCUUUUACCGGGAUCGAUUGGUGCAACAAAUGUAUAAACGAAAAUAUAAACAAAAAUGGUAAUAAGAUUUAUUCGGCCCUUUGGAUGAAUGGUCCAUUAUUAAGCUGGAAUGGAACGGUUAAAAAAUGGGAAAGGGAAAAUGAAUAUGAAGUGGCACUGAAAGUUGUAAAGGAUUCGUCAAAAAAUGUUGAAAAGUUUGUAAACGAGAUAAGUAAUAAUGCAAAAUGCAACGGACAACCAUAUUUAAUCAGAUUUUACGGACUAUCAAGAGAUCCUGAAACAAAUGAUUAUAUCAUGAUCUUAAAAUAUGCAAAAUCUGGUAAUUUAGAAGAAUUUCUUUCUAAAAAACCAAAAUUAGAUCUAAAAGAAAAAUUAGCACUUUUAACACGAAUAUCUGAAGGGCUUAGAGAUAUUCAUAAAGAAAGAAUUUUCCACAAUAAACUUCACAGUAGAAAUAUAUUAAUUGAUGGUGGUAGGCCAUAUAUUAGUGAUUUAUAUCGUGACAUCCAAAUUAACGUAUCUUUAGAAAAUUCAAAGGGUGUCAUUCUUUAUAUUGCACCUGAAAUUUUAUCAGAAAAUAAAUAUUCUCAAAAAGCGGAUGUAUAUAGUUUUGGAUUUAUUAUGUAUCGUAUAAUUUCUAAAGUACCGACCAUUGACUUUAAGUUGGAUUCAAAAGAGUUCGUUUCUAAAGUUUCUUCUGGAGAAAAUCCAAAAUUUACCGAGAUUUCAAAAGUACUGAAAACUGAUUUUAAGCUAGAUUCAAAAGAGUUCAUUUCUAAGAUUUCUUCUGGAGAACGUCCAAAAUUUACUGAGGAUAUAUCGCCAAGGUUCAGAGAUUUGAUCACUAAUUGCUGGGAAUCGAACCCUUCAAAACGUCCAGAAGCUGAAAAAAUAUAUAAACAGAUCAAAGAAUGGAGAGAACGUCUUGAAUAA